AUGCACGGCAAGCAUGGUUCUCCUGGUGUGCCAGGCCGCGAUGGACGUGACGGACGUGAUGGAGCUAAAGGUGAUUAAGGAUUGCAGGGGAAGACUGGACCUCAGGAACCUCCUGGUGAUAGAGGAUCUUCUGGUCCAAAGGGAGAGAAGGGUGCUAAAGGAGAACCUGGAACCCAGGGUCCUACUGAUCAAAAAGGGUUGACUGGCCAAAUGCCUCCUAAGAAUUGGAAAGAAUGCGUCUGGAAAAACGUGAAUGAUGGCCAGGACAGUGGUCUUAUUAAGGUGAGUUGCACAAAAAGGAUAAAGGACACUCAGCAAGUUUUUAAGGUACUUUUACUGAUUAUAGCCACCAAAUUUUUUUUUUGCUACAAAACCUAUUCUAGUCGCCGAUUGAACUUUUCAUGAUCCGAAAUUCAAUCGAAAUAGGACUGACCUAAAUUGACAAAAUGUUCCGACUAAUUCAUUAACAAACCUAAGCUCACCAAACAGACAACAACCUGAUACACUUAAUACAGUUGGCGCCAAAAAAUCUGAAAGUGCAGGAAACAUGACAAAUCAAGUCAUUCGGUAUUAGGUCCGACAUACAAAAAAGUACGAAUUUGAGCGUAUGAAUAAGAGCCACCCGGCGUAUGAAUUAGAGCCGUUUUAAAAUCGUUUCAAAAUCGAAAUUUCCCACGAAGCCAGGAGAAAAAAAAUGAAGAAGAAGAAACAACAAACAGAAAAGGCUGAACAACUGGAAAUUAAAACUCCAUUUUGAUGACUGAUUUAUGCGCUAAACUAUUUGUGUACAUGAUUCGUUGUCAGGUUCGUCUUUGACAUCUGAAACAGGGCUGUUUUUCAAAUGUGGUUGACUGAUUAUUCGACAGGUGUUAUCGAUAAUAUUUUACUCAUGAAUAGGGAGUGAACGCGCUUUCGACUGCACCGUUCUAAAAAUCUUGCCCAUAGCCAGGAAAAGUUCCCCAAUACAAACGAUAUAAGAUAAUUGUUUUACUGAUUUCGAUAGUAUUUUUUGUUUUAACACGUAAUUUUUUAUCGUGUAUAAAUAAAUGCUAUCAUUAUCAUCAUCAUCAUGAUUAUCAUAGGCCUAUCACUACAUAGUGCAGGAAAUGGUGCGGAGUAUCGGGUCACUGUCUGUGACCUACAAUAGGAUACUCCGUGCCAUCUGUUCUGUCCUUAAUAUAAUUAAGUGUCCAGCGCUUUUUUCAGAAUCUUUCCUGAUCCCAGCAAGGUUAUUCGCUGCAAACGUUCGAUGCAAUAUGGCAUUCCCGACUGUCUCAGCCACAUUCCAAAUCCCCUCGAGAAUGUUCCCAGUGCACCAAUUACUAUUGGGAUGACUUGAACUGAUCGACAGUUCCAAAUUCGUUUGAUCUCAUAUUUCAAAUUAUCGAUCUUGUCUCUUUCCUUGCUCACUAUUCUAGUGAAUUCUAGUGUCGAAUGGGCAGGCAACAUCAAUCAUAACGCACAACUUCUCUUCCUAAUUUAGGGCUUUGCUGUGUUCAAUGUGUCUUGUGAUGGUCCGUUUGGAUCUUAAAUCUCGCAGACGUUUGUCCUUUCAGAAUCACAGACUGGAUCCGGUUUGUGGUCAUACCAGUUUGCUGCUCUUUCAAAACCACUGUUCUCGCUGAGAUCCCAGUGGAUAAGCUGGGUGACCUUAUCGUGACUCCAUAAUUUAAAUGUAUUCAUAGAGAACCCACACUCUUAUCUGACUAGCUUGCGUAGCUGGCGGUAUUGUCUGAGUAGUCGAGUGAUAUUUGGCGGCGGAGCCGUUGUAAUAUAGUCGAGUGAGAUUUGACGGCGGAGUCGUCACGAGCGGCGAAGCCGCGUGAAACCGCCUCGUCCUUACUCCCUUUUUUUGGAACACGGCUCCGCCGCCAAAACUUUAAUCUCGCACCCACACAAUACCGCCAGCUACGCAGGCUAUUAUUUGACUUAUUUGUAAACUGUAAAUAGAAAUUAAAUGAAAGAUAAAAGAUACCUGUUCUGUUCUUGAAUCUGCUGCGGAGCAAAGUGAAAUUUGUUCUACAAAUGCAAAAACGAUGUUUGUGCCGCCGCUUUGUCCGUAUAUUUCACAAUGCUUUAUUUAUCUGGUUUGUCCAGCAUUUCACUGUUGUUGUCACGCGGCUGUCAUGUUUCACUGUUGGUUAUUAAUUAAUUAAUAAUUUGAAUUGACUACUACAGAAAAUACCGUAACAUACCAUAAUACUCUUUGUUGGUCACUCCAAAAUUUUGCAUAAGCAUUGUUUUCAGUUUCUUUUGAGGCCAUUUUAACUCCAAAGAGAAACUAAUGACGAUGCUUAUACAUGGUAUUAUCUGUACUGGCCAAUUAACGGUAAUGAGUCUCUUUUCUCUCUCUACCUCUUUCGCGCACCAAUUACAGUACCGUUUAUUAAUAACCAACAGUGAAAGGCGAGACGCUAAUAGCAAUCGCGUGACACCAACAGUGAAAUGCAAGACACACACAAAAUAAAGCUUUGUUAAGUUUACGGACAAAGCGCCGACACAAACAUCGUUUUUGCAUCGUAGAACAACUUCCAUUUCACUCUGCUCCCCAGCAGAUUCAAGAACACAACUGGUAAUAACUUGCCACCCCAUCUCAAGGAAGUUGGUUUUUAAAACACUUCUUGUAAAUAUUUUUUAUUUUUAUUUUUUAGAGUCAAUUUACGUAUUUAUAUAAUUCUUGUUUUUGUGCAUCGACAUUGUGCAUAGUUUUUACAUUUUUCUGAUAGUUGGUCUGUUAUAGUUAUUUUUUCCUUUAAUUGUUAAUUUUUUAGUUGCCCAGGGCACCCAUUUAUAACAGCUUCAGCUGACGGGUUAUAACAAUGUUAUUAUUAUUGUUAUUAUUAAUGACCUUUUAUCACUCAUUUAAUUUCCAUUUGCAGGUCACAAAUAAGAGUGUGUGUUCCUUAUGUGUAUUUUUUCUGAUCGAGUGCAGUGCUACUACUACAUGCUUACUGUCUCCACUCUUUCUACACACAUUCUUAAUGCGCGGGAAACAUUUUGAUUGUCAAUUAGCUUCUUUACACUGUUUGUACGCAGAGUCUGAUAUUGUGAGGCCAUGAGAAAUCCUUCAAGUUUAUUUUUUUAGCUUCUUAAGCCAUUCCCACGACUUCGAGUCCCUAAUUUUCUCGAUUCUUCUGAUACACUGUCCAUGAAGGGUUAUUUCGUGGUACUUUCGGGUAUGAUCUUCUAUCUAAGAUGAGUUAUUCCAGUUUCCAGGAUCCUUCUGUUAAAGAACAUUUUCUGCAUUCUCUUUGCACCUUUCCUCUGAUUCUUGGCAGUAACACUUUAUGUUAUUUACCUCGAUCGACAUUAACACAUUAGUCUCCUAUGCUUAUCAUUUUACGUCCACCCUCUGAACCUUUUAAAGUACAACAGGUCUGAGUGCGGGUGUAAUGCACGAAAAAUGUUUAUUAGCCUUCCUGAUUUGCGAUCCAUCACUUUCAGCUCUUCCUUGAUCCAAUCAACAAUUCCUGCCCCGUACCUAACAGUGGAUACUGCCCUAGAGUUUAUUGCUUUGAUCGUAUUGCCCCUCUUAAGCGUAGACUUUAGUAUGGUCUUAACUCUGCGGAAAUAUUCCUUCUGGAUCUUCUCCUUCAUCUCACUGUGUUUCAUACCAUCCGCUUCAAGCACCCAAGAUACUUUCAUUAACCUCACUAUUCAGUGAUUGUAUCUUUUUAUCCCCAGGGAGCAUGAUUCUUUCACUUUGGAUCGCCUUUACUCGUUUCAUAAUUUGGGUUGCACACUUUGAUAUUCCAAACUCCAUCCACAUAUCAUCGGGCACCAGAGUUAGGGGGGUGAGUGAGAUCACAAAAAGGAGAGGUGAGAAGCUGUCUCCUUAAAAUAUUCCUCUUCUGAUACGAUCUUCGCCAGAAGAGCCUCACUUCUAGCUGUUGAAACUGUUCUCCUUUGUUUCAUGCUGUUUUGGAUCAAACCCACCAUAUUCUGAGCUAUACCAAACAUCCUCAUACAUUCAAGUAUCCAUAAGGGGGUACCAUAUCAAAUACUUUUUUAUAAUCAAUCCAAACUAUUCCGAGUGUCGUCUUCCUCCUUUUACAGUUCUUGAUGAUAAGUUUGUCAACAAACAAUUGCAAGAGGCUCCUGAUAAUUGGUCCUUUGUCCCUCUCGAUUUUCUUCAAUAUCCUUUUUGUUUCGCCAGGAGUAGAUGCUUUUCUUCGAGAUGUUCAUACAUUUUGUCCGCCAGUACUCCAGUGAACACCUUCCACAUCAUUGGCAAGCAUGUGAUUGCAGGCGCGGAUCUAGGAUAAAUAUUGACCGUUUUCCUAAACGAGAGCCGAAGGCGUCUAGGGGUUCGGGGGCAUGCACUCUCGUGAACUUUUUUAGAUUCUUGGCUUCUCCCUAAAGUCACCUUUCCUGGGUUUUCUGAGUCAUUCAGUCAGGAUAUUAGCCAGAUUUUAACUUGGAAAGUUUUUUUUCCAUGAAAAAUUGUUUCUUUAUGAAAACUCUGACCGAUUUUCGUAGAAUUAGACACUGCUGCCCCCUGCUCUUUGUUUUUCUUUUCUAGUGCAAUUCUCUCUUUGGUCAUCCAAUAUGGCACAUAAUAUCUUUGUAAGCUUUCAUUCAGCUGUUUACAAUUCUUUCUUUCAUUGAGGUGAGAUUCCUAAGCCAAUAUCCUGCCAGGCCAUCUGGGCCUGGAGACUUACAACUUGUCAUCUUCCUCAGUUCCUUCUCAUUUAAUUCAGCUGUCAGUUCAAUGUCAGCUUCUCUGGUAUCUGUUCAAAUUGGCUCAAGCUGUUGUCCUCAUCCCUCUGCUUCUCAUAGCCUGCGUAGCAUGGCGGUUUUGGUUGGGCUCGAAUAAAGGCCGGGCGAGGGCAGAGAAACCGCGAGGAGAUUGGGGGGGGAGCUAUGCUGCUCUCUGUUGAUGUUAAUGCCUUCGCUGUCGCUUUCCCAAGAACGAGCUUGCGGCUCUUUUUCACUGGGAUCUACGUCAUCACAGCCUUUGUUUUCGUCUUAGCUCCUCAAUUUUCAUAUCAGUUAACCAUGCAUUCGACUUAUAACUCUUCCUUGAUCUGCCAGUCUUUGCUCUGUACGGGUUUUAUACACUCCAAUCUCUCGCCAUAUUGCCAUCAUUCUUUUCGUGUACCCUCUUUUGCUCGGGUCACUUCCGAUAUAGCACUCCAUAAUCAAUCUUGUUUAUCUCUUUGGUCCAUCUUACUUAAGCAAUAGCAGGAUUACGACCUGGUGCUGGCUGCUCUUCCCCAGAGACCCUGCCGGGCCAGGCACCAUUGGUCCCAUUUACGCCGUUUUCGAUAUUCAAUGUUUCACUCAUCAUCACAAUAUUUUGUGAGUAUGAUUUUUUCAUUAGGGGACUCCUCCCGUAGCGCAUGGGUCAAAACCAUUAUCCUGUGUACAAAGGAACUUGUAUCCCUGAGUGCGGGACACUUAUCAGGCACUAGGCUACCAGGCUAGUAGCCAACUGGUCCUGGCAAGGGCAGCAGCGGACACAUCCAUGCACAGUCCUCGUCACGAGCUGUGUGCUACUCAAAUUAUCAUUAUUACUAUUAUUAUUAUUUAAGGCUUACGGUCAACUUACGCUAAAUCAUAUAAGGAUGAAAGGACAGAAAGGAAAAGCACAGUCAGUACACAGUUACUACCAAGAAAAUAAGAUCUUAUGGAAACUCUGUGUAAUUUUUCGUGUGUUCCAAUGUUUGACAGGAAUGUGUUUUUACCAAGAACUUUUCUGAUACUUCCGUUCAUGUUUACUGGACGGGUGCAUUGAGAAUUUACGGCUGCAAUGCCUGCUGCAAACGUUGGUACUUUACUUUCAAUGGCGCCGAGUGUUCUGGUCCUCUGCCCAUUGACGGAGUUGUCUACAUGCGGACAGGUGGAAAUAAAGAUCUUCAUCGCGUCCGCCAUAUUGAGGGACACUGUAACAACAUACUCAACGGAAAGGUGCGCGUGGGAUUCUGGAUCGGCAAUUGCCCCGGAUAUGGAAACGCUGAUGGGUACACUGGAUGGCAGUCGGUGUCCCGGAUAUUUGUUGAAGAAGUUCCUAAAGCGCAAGCUUAA